GCGGUAUUUAAAUUUAUCCGUUGUUUCAACUUCAUGAAUUCUUGUAUUCCUGACACCUCCUGUUGCUUCGGAGACACUGUUUUCUGUUCACUCGCUACUACGAUUAUUGCAUGGUUCAUCUUUAUGUUCAACGCGUCCAACACUUUAUCUUAACGUGGCUAGUGUCAGUAGUGUAAUGGAGUUUGCACUUAAUGAAGAACCUGGAUCAGCGGUUAAUGGACAGCCUACAGAGUGUAGUGCCAAGUUAGAGUCAACAAAUAAUAAUAAAAGUCUAUGUAUGAAAAGAACUAAAACAUCGCGUGAGAGUGAAAUUUAUUUAUAUAAUUCUGGAUAUUUAAAGAAUAAUUAUGAUAAAUAUAUCAGAGAUGAUUUCUUAUAUGCAUUUGGAGCAUUUUAUUGCGACAAAGUAAUGAAGAUUCCUCAUUUAGACUGCGUAUUGAAAACUGAGUGUUAUCAUCAUGAAACAAAAUUAAAUUAUAGACAUUAUGAAUUUGCAACAUACAUGGAAAAUAUUGUAUCAUGGCUUGAUUUUAAAUUAAAAUACAUCAAUAGUGAAUCAUCAAAAUGUAAUAAAAAAACAGUUGAUCAGUUGUUCAAGACAAAUUAUACUCAACAAAACACUACAGAUUCUACAGAAUCUAGUUUACAUUGCAAAAUUCUCGAUUCAAAUACAUACUCUCAAGAACAAAAUAAAAAAUUAAGAUCUGUGACUAAUUCUCCAAAUGAAAUAAUGGUAACAUCAGAUAUAAUUAUUCCAAAACAAGAUUUUUCUGAAAAUUCAACGAAUGAUUACAAGAAUGAAAUUACAAUGCAAAAUACUCAAAAUGAAUUAAUAAUAUCGCCAGAAGUAACUUCUCCAAAAUACAAUUAUGCUGGAAGUUCACCUAAUAAUUACAAGAAAACAAUUGAUAUGGUAAAUAAUACUCAAAAUAAAAAAAUAACAUUGUCAGAUUUUACUUCUCCAAAACACAACACUCCCGGAAGUUCAUCUAAUGAUCACAAGAAAGAAGUUAAUAUGGUAAAUAAUAUUCAAAAUAAAGGAAUAGUGCCAGUUUUAACUUCUCCAAAACAUAAUUCUCUUGGAAGUCUUCCUAAUAAUCACAAGAAACAAGUUGAUAUGGUAAAUAAUAUUCAAAAUAAAAGUAUAAUUCCAGAUUUAACUUCUCCAAAACAUGACACUCCCGAAAGUUCUCCUAAUGAUCACAAGAAACAAAUUGAUAUGGUAANUAAUAUUCAAAAUAAAAGUAUAAUUCCAGAUUUAACUUCUCCAAAACAUGACACUCCCGAAAGUUCUCCUAAUGAUCACAAGAAAAAAGUUAAUAUGGUAAAAAAUACUCAAAAUAAAAGAAUAAGAUUGUCAGGUUUAACUUCUUCAAAACAUAAUACUCCCAGAAGUCCAUCUAAUGAUCAUAAAAAAGAAGUUGAUAUGGUAAAUAAUACUCAAAAUAAAAAAAUAACAAUGUCAGGUUUAACUUCUCCAAAACAUGAUACUCUCGGAAAUUCAUGUAAUGAUCACAAGAAACAAGUUGAUAUGGUAAAUAAUACUCAAAAUAAAAGAAUAACAUUGUCAGAUUUAACUUCUCCAAAACAUAAUACUCCUGGAAGUUCACCUAAUGAUCACAAGAAAGAAGUUCAUAUGGUAAAAAACAUUCGAAAUAAAAGAACAAGAUUGUCAGGUUUAACUUCUUCAAAACAUGAUACUCCCCCCGAACGUUCAAAUGGUCACAAGAAAGAAGUUGAUAUGAUCAAUUCAAAUUUGGUGAAUAUUUCAUCAACAGCUGAUUCUAUACUAAUAACUAAGUCUCAAUUAAAAAAUUCAGAUAUUACGGUUGAUGAGAAAACAAGCACAUCAGACAACCUUAAAAACAAUAUUAAAGACAAAGUUGUAAAUGAGAGUAAAUUGAAUUCAGUUCAAAAAAGUUCUGCUGGUAUUAUUGGUGAAGAAAUAUCAAAUUUGUGUUUAGAAACUCCAACUACUGUUAGACAUACACGGCAAACUAAUAAAAAACUAGAUAAAACAUCAACAACAUUAUUAAAAAGAUCAAAUUCAGUAAUAAAUUCUGAACAAAGUUCAAAAAAGAAAAAAAUAGAAAAACCAUCUCCUAUUAAUGUAGAAGGAAAAAUCAACACUAAUAUUAAUAAAAAUUCAGUCAAAGCUUUAAAUGAAUCUACAAAACAAGUUAGCAAACAUUUGUAUAGUAGAAAUAGUAAAGGAGAAACGAAAUUGCAUUCAGCCUGUGCCAAGGGGAAAUUAAGUUUAGUAAUUUCAUUGCUUGAAGAUGGUUUCAAUCCUAAUGUCAAAGAUAAUGCUGGAUGGACACCUAUGCAUGAAGCUGUAAAAUCUGGGAAUUUAGAUAUUGUGAAAGAGUUGAUCAAGUAUGGUGCAUAUUUAAAUGUUCCUGGUUUUGAAUAUGAAAGCCCAUUAUAUACAGCUAUUAAGUAUAGUAAAUUUGAAAUAGCAAAAACAAUUCUUGAUUAUGGAGCUGAUGCAAAUUUUAUAAAUAUGUAUGGAAAUAAUGCGAGAUGUCUUAAUAAAGAAAAGUUGUCUGAGUUAAUGGAAAAUCAAGUUUCAUGUAUAUCACCACAAAUUGACCUUAUUAAUUAUAAAUCAGAUGAAAUUGUCAUUGUCUUAAAUAAUAUUUCGUUAAAAAGUGCAACUGUGAACACAUUUUGUAAACAGUUCAAUAUUAAAUUGGUUCAAAAUGUUUUGGAUGGAAAGAAAUUUGCUCAAGUUACUCACAUGAUUGUAUCAAAAACAAAAAAUAAUACUUGUGAUGUAAAUUUAGAAUGUUUAUUUAGCAUAGCAAAUGGAUUAUUUAUAAUUAAUGAAAAUUGGAUUUCUGAUUCAUUGGAUAAAAAUAAACUUAUGGAGUGUGAAAAAUAUGAAGUUAGUGGAACAACAUUUUUUGCUGAUUGUAAUGGUCCAAAGAUAUCACGAAUAAGCAAACAGAAACUGUAUCCAAAAUUGUUUGAUGGUAUAAGCAUACACAUAUGUGGAAGUAAUGGUUGGAAUCAGUUUACACUUGAACAUUUAAAAAAACUUGUUGUCGAAUUCGGAGCUAAACUAUUAAUACGUAUGCCAAAUCCAGAAGACUGUCCUACUAAUAUAAUACCAUACCAUUGCCGUAAUAAUGAUCAGAUGUUUCAUGUUUCUAACAUUAUAUUAUAUACAAUAGAUUCAAAUAGACUGAUAAAGUAUAAUAUGAAACAUUUAAAAGCUUUUCAUAUUUCAUGGUUCAUGGAUGCCAUUCAAAAGUAUAUUAUAUAAAAUAUUUAUUUAUGUAAAUUAUUUCCAAUUGUAUAAUUAUUUUUAUGUUGUCAAUAGUAACUGAA